AUGGCUCUGCUCCAGCAUCCCCGGCUUCCGCUGCUGAUCGCCUUCUUUGUGCUGCUCCUCGUCGCGGACCGCGUCCACGGCCGCGCCUCCCCGAUCUCGGACCUGAAGUCGAAAAUCUCCGGGGUGGAGGAGCUCCUGGAGGAGUUCCGCAAGCAGCUCCAGCAGGACCAGGCGUACCGGGCGGGGGCCGCCCGCGCGGACGCCUGCGUGGGCGACUUCGACCCGGCCGUGGAGAGCAUCAUCCGCACCCGGGCCUCCAUCGAGCAGGGGGCCGCCUUCCUGCUGGCCCCCGGCCGCGUGCACAGCCGGCAGGACUGCGUGCACGCGUGCUGCGCGCAGCCCCACUGCACCGUGGCCGUGGUGCAGCAGCAGGAGCAGGAGCAGGAGGAGGAGGACCCGGGCCAGGCCGGGGCCAGCCUCGGCUGUUACCUCUUCAACUGCACCUACAGGGGCAGGAACAUCUGCUCCUUCGCCCCGCAGCCGGGCUUCACCACCUACAGCCGGACCCCCAACACCACCCGGGGUCACCCGGCCGGGUCAGCCGGGAGACCCGCCGAGGAGCCUCCAGAUGGGGGGGAAACACAAGAGGUGGACGAACCCCCGCGCAGCGACGCCGGUCAGGACGUGGUCAUCCAGCUGCCGACCGACUGGGCCGUGCUGGACGGCCGGGACAGUCUGGACGACCAGGGCAUCAGCCACUACGAGUGGACUCUGGUUAGAGGGGAAACAGCCAUCAACAUGAAGGCGACUCACCCAGGGCUGCUGAAGGUCAGCGGCCUGCAGGAGGGCGUCUACACCUUUCAGAUGACGGUCACCGACACGGCUGGACAGAAGAGCUCAGACAACGUUUCCAUCACAGUUCUGCCCCCCAAACACCAGGCAGAAGUGUGCACCGGUCACUGCUCCAACUACCAGUUCAAGUGUGACGACGGCUGCUGCAUCGACAUCUCCUACGCCUGCGAUGGGACGCAGCACUGUCCAGACCGCUCCGACGAAGACUUCUGCACCAACUUUGACAGCGACCGAAAGUCAGUGAGCCACCCCUCCGGUCCUCAGAGGGCCGGAGACCAGGACGGGCAGUCUGAGGAUGCCUCCGCGGUCCCAGCCGGAUCCAGAAAAACCACCGUAGCGUCACAGGACAGGAGCAAGGCUCCCCCUCAGAGUCCCGGUCAGCAGGAGGCUCCAGCCGGUCAGGCUCCGUGUGCAUCUGCUCCAGUCGUGGGGCCGUGCAAAGGCACCUUCCCGAGGUGGUACUAUGACCAGCAGGCGGGGGUCUGCAAACACUUCCUGUACGGUGGCUGCCAGGGAAACCAUAACAACUUCCUGCAGGAAUCUGACUGUGUCAGCGAAUGUAUACAGAACAGUCCAGCUUUCAGACCCGCAAGUGUAGCUCCCUCAGUUACAGAGCAGACCAAACCAGCUGAUCCAAAAGUCUCCCAAAGCCAAACAAAGACCAACAACCCCAUCUCCAAACCCUUUCCAGCAAUGGGAGGACACCCAGUCCCAGAGUCAGGUGCAAUCCUCCCUCUGGCACUCGGCCUGCUCAUCACGGCUCUGCUGCUGCUUAUGAUUGGCUGUCGCCUCAAGCUUGUGCGCCACAAAAUGAAGAAAGCGCGACCCCUCACCACAGAGGAGUCGGAUUACCUCAUCAACGGCAUGUACCUGUAGCCGGUCGGCCGGGCAGAGAGGCCAGAAAACAACGCUGACCUCACCGAGGUCAGGUCCGGAUGCUUUGAAUUUGCACUUCCAGCUCAGCAACUCGAACCUGUCUUUAUUUACGGUUGCAAACCACCAACGAUCUGCUGUUAUUAACGUCAGAAUUCCGCUUCCCUCAGCCUCUGAUGCAUAUCCAGACAGUCAUGUUUGUGUUGUUGUUGUAUCAUUGUUCCUUAAUGAACACUAACACAUAAAGAAAAAGACUUUCAUUCCUUCUGGUAAGAUUCAAAAGUCCCCGACACUCUGCUUAUGAGGCGUUUGUGUGCUGCUGUUUCAGCCACUGAGUGUCACCGAUGUGCUAAAUUUGUGUUGCAUGUUUUACUUCUGUUCAACCGAAAGAACAUAUAAAGAGCAGUGGUGCCUGUUAACAACAUACAACAUAUUCUCUCUGAAUUUAGUCUGAAUCAUAUAAGCCAUACAAAAGAUUUAUCAUCUUUUAAAUGAAUAUUUUCCUUUACUUAGCAAGCAAAAGUAGUAUGCAAAUUGUAUAGAUGUAUCCCCUCAGAGUUCUGUCUUUUAAGUGAUAUUAGUUUAUUAAAGAAUGAAAUAGAAAUCAUUUUGGGGUAUGCUGGCAAUGAAUGUAUAUAUUUUCUCACUUUUAAGUUACAACCGAGGCUCUGAGGUCAUGAGCUGACAGCCGUCGAAUUAUAUGGAUAUGAUUUUAACCUGAACGCAGGUUUUCAAUCAUGGCUGAUAAAUCCUAUGCUAUCUCUUAGUUUGACUUCCUUUAAAGGGAGAACAGCUGUAAAAUAUUUAAAUGUUUAUACAUAUUACUACUGAUCUAUACUGCUGUGUGGUAGUUGUACAAUUAAAGUCCCAAAUACUGUAUGAUUUCAAAUUACAACAUUUUACAAAUCAUUUCUGAAUACCCGACAUUUCUGCCUGUUAAUAUAUUUAAGUUGUAGCCUGUACACAAAAAUACAAUAAAAGGCAGACAAAAACAUAAGCAUUGCUUUAUUCUUAUACGCCAUUCCAGUUAUUGUGAAAGCCAAAUAUGACCCACAACGUGCUUUAUCAUUUGUGUGCGCUUCUCUUUUUGUGCCAUUUUGUUUUUUUCAAGAAAUCAGACAUUCAUUUGCUUCAUAUUGUUAGUUUAUUUUGGCAAAGCAGUGACUCUCCCGUUUAGUGUCAGUCACCAGAGGAGCCUGCACAGGCUGUGAAUGGAAACCAGCUGCAGAAAAGCAACACAUCACCAAGUGGAAAGCACGGCCCUGUAAAUGCACGAGUGUCGGUGGUGCGCGUGCCCUGCUGUCUUUGGACUACGGCCAGUAUGGACCCAAUGUGUAGCAUGCUUAACGUGACCUAAGCGUGCAGCUCAUCAAACAGGUCGAGUGGAUUACAUCGGCCGCUGUGCUGCCCCCUGUUUGUGUGCGUUUUUCCUAAUACUUCUGGCGGGGGAAAGAAAGGCUCAUAUUUUAGCAGAAGGGUCUACGGUUAGAUGAUCCACACACACGCACACUUGUAGCUAGGUGAAUUAUCUAUGAGGCUCCAGUAAUCUCCACCGCUGCCCUGCCGUCCUCUGACAUUCAGCUUUGAUCCGGCUGAAAUGUGGCGCUGUAAGAAAUGUCUGACUGCAAUUCAAAAGAUGAAACCACGAGAGAAAAAACAAAACCUAAAAUCCAGCAGUUAAACUGUGUAUAACCAAAAAGAUGCAGGCCUGAAAGGAAAAACAAAGCCCAUCCCGAGAACUUCUGUGUUGAGCUUCGAUCAGUCUUUCUUCAUCGCCCCUCGGCUGUCAUCGCUGUCAUACUCUAGUCCCUCAUUAGACUUAAACAAAAAAGAGCAUGUUGUAUUAUGCUUAAAACAAAAUGUCGUGGGCUCUCUGAUCCCAUCCAGAUUUCCUCCAGGUUCAAACUUAAAGGUGGAUUAUGGACUGCUUUCCUCUUCAAAGUUCAUCCCUGGACCACUGCUUGUCUCUGUCUGUUAAAGGCACAUAAAUCACCCCCAUCAAGGGCUUCAUUUUGGUGCUUCCGUCUUCCAACUUGUCAUACUGCUCCAGCAUCUGAUUCCCCCCCGCCGGGCCCACGGGUAGAAUCAGCCGCCCGCCGGGCUUCAGCUGGUCCAAAAGAGCUUGGGGGACCGUGGGUGCGGCGGCACCAACGUGAAUGGCGUCGUAGGGGGCCUCCUCUGGGUGGCCCAUUCGCCCGUCUCCCACCAUUAGCUUGACUCGGCCUGAAGUUAUCAAACUGGGGUCGUCUUUCUUCAAGUUGUUUAUAGAAUCAUCUACCAGCUCUUUGAUGUGAUCAAUUCCUAUAACUUUCCCUUUAGGGCCUACCAUUCGUGCGAAGCAGGCGGAGAGGAUCCCACUGCCCGAGCCAACGUCCAGAGCUUUGGCUCCCUCAUACAGCUGGUCGUGUAGGAGCUCCAGAGCAUAGGCAUGCAUAUGAGGAGCGCUGAUGGUUGCUUGAUAACCUUUGGGACUGCGGGGAGUCCAUGUAAGGGUUACACCUAGAGAAAUGUGCUCGGUCUGUGGCCAGCAUGACUUCAUACACCUUGUCGGAUUUAAUAAUGCCAUUUUCUCGGAGAUUGUUGACAAGCUCUGCAUGACUGGCUCCUCCAGAUUUCCAGGCCAUUAUUAAGCAGACUUUGCGGAGUAAGUAGACAGCAGCUGUCAGUGCCGCGCCUGCGCCAACUGUUUUACCCACGAAGCUGACAACCUCCAGAGCAGACGGCGGAGCCGCGGAUACGUCACCAGACAUCCCAAUAAUUUCACCGCAGUGCUUCAUGCACACGUUCUGAAAUAAAACAGCAUCAUUUUAUUCAAAUUUAAUUAAAUCAGUUACGAGUCGAGGCCAAUGUUCGCGGAAAUAGGAAAAAGCCACAUUCCUCUGUCAGUCAGUGCUUUAUCAGAUUUGCCGCAGUAGUUGUUUGCCGCUAGGUGGCGUGAGACACUUUUCAUUGGUUAUCGUGAGGAAACGCAGUUUAGCUUUUUGGUCUUACUGCCCCGCCGUAGUUACGUACGAAGAACAGGGCGCGUAUAAAUGCCUUGUGUAUGAAUGCUAAGCUAACGUUGACAAUAGUUUGUAUAUUUUGACUUGUAGAAGAAGUUUCCAUUUCCAUGGAGAGUAUAAAUGCUAAAUACGUGUCCCAAAAAGUUAGUAAAACGAGAUGGCGCCCAAUAUCGUAUUCGAGUUUACAACAACCAGAAGUCUUUGCCACUGGAUCGUGGGACAACGAGGACAACAAGAUUUCAUUCUGGUCUAUUGGGAGUAAUGGCAGCACUGGUAUGGAUGAUGGGUUUGAAGGAGAUCCACAGCUUCUCUGUGAGCACAAGCAUGAUGGAGAUGUCCUUGACCUUCAAUUCUUGGACCAAGACAAAAUUGUCACAGCAUCGUCAACAGGGGCGGUCACAAUCUUUCGGCACCACCAAAACAGUCAGACGAUCUCGGUUUCUCAGAACUGGGCACAAGCUCACAGUUACCCCAGUGACAACGCUCCCUGCACGGGAGUGGCGUGCAGCAGUCCUGAGAUCGUAACAGUCGGGGAGGAUGGCAGGAUCAUCAUCCUCAGAGCCGACCAAGAGGCAGUGAUUCGAACCAUAGAGAAUGCAGACAGCAGCACGAUUCAUGCUGUGACGUACCUGAGGACUACAGAGAUUCUGACGGUGAACUCUAUUGGUCAGCUGAAGCUGUGGGACUUAAGACAACAAAGCAGCUCACCGGCCCAGAUUCUAGCCCUGUCAGGAGAUCGGGUUCCUUUGCACUGCGUGGACAGACAUCCAAACCAGCAGCACAUCGUGGCGGCGGGAGGCCAGGACGGCAUGCUCUGUGUCUGGGACAUAAGACAGGGCACCCCUCCCUUGUCCCUGAUGGAGGCCCACUCAGCUGAAAUGUGGGAGGUCCACUUCCACCCAACCAACCCCGAUCAUCUGUUCACGUGCUCAGAGGAUGGCUCAUUGCUGCACUGGGAGACUGCUUCUCAUUUAGAAAUGCCCUCCUUCCUGCAAGGUGGUAAGAACAGCAGCUUGAUGUCUCGCAGUGCAAUGGCUCCUGCUGGAGGGAACCAUUCUCUCAUCAGCGCCUGGCUCAGUGGGGACUCCAGUAAAGGCCGUCUGGAGACGACGCACAUGCUGCCCAGCCAGACGUUGUCUGUUAACAGCUUGGACGUGCUUGGCCAGUGCUUAGUCUGUGGGACUGAUACAGAGGCUAUUUUUGUCAACAGACAGGUCCCAGUUUAAGAGCCAUUUGUGUGUGCACUACAAGAUGUGGAAAAAUAUGUUUUUACUGGUAAUUCAAUUAAUGACUGAAGAUCAUUUUUUGAUAAUCCAAAGUAUGGUGUGUGUAUGGUACAGUGUUUGCUUCUUUAUGUAUCCUUAUGAGUGGAGUUUUUUUUUUUUUAGGACAUUCCAAGCAGAAUUAUUCAAUUAAAUAAAAUAUUUUGUACAGA